AAUUUCUUACAUUUCCCAGAGAUGAGAAGUCUAACAGCUCAAGUGAUGCUGGAGAAGCUGGUAAACCUACAGACAUGCCUACACAGAGAAGAAAACGGAUUUCCACUAUGCCCAAUCUUGUCAAACCCAGAGCUGGGCCUUCAUCUGAUCUGCAUACUGCAUCAAAACCACAAAGGCAAGCAUCACAGGCUCCUGAUGGCAGUGCUUCGCUUCAGAAGGAUUCUCCUCCAUCAGAGAAAAGUCAUGUUGAAAGCUCUUCAAAGUCUCCCAUGCUACCUGAAAAGAAAACACCUGUGCCACAAGUGCCACAGUUUUCCCCACUAAAAAAAUCAAUGAACAAAGAGCAAACUGUAGCUGCUCCAAAAAAUGACGAUACCUUGAAGAACAUACCUUCCCCACUUAAGGAGAGACCAACACAGGAAACAUCAGUGGCACAGGAGGAAAAGCUACCUCCAAAACCAUCUCCUGUGAAAGAGAAACGAAUAUGUUCUGACCGUGAAAGGAUCCUCAAAGCUCGGAAGUUAAGAGAAAUGCUUAAAGAAGAGCUGAAGAAAGAACGGAUGAAACAAUUGAAACACAGGCCUCCAAUAAUUGAAGGAUGUUCUCCACCAGAUCGCACUAAAAUGACCAUGAGAGACUUGAUAUACUAUCUACCAGAAAACAAUCCCAUGAAGUUCAUAAGCACAUUUGUGUUCACGAAUCCUGAGAAUUCAGUACAGCUUCAGAGCCUCCUGUCAUGCAUGUGCACCUCUUAUUCCUUGGCCUGUUCAGCUGGGUGUUUGCUGUAGAACAGAUUAAUGCACUCGCAUACUGAUUUACAAAUAUUCCUGCAACAACAGAGCUGUUGAAUUUGAGCUCGCAGACUGCCUGAUGUCCGUGCCUGGAUGGUUCGUGGAACUCUACCAAGCUACUUGUACAUACAGGCCUACGCAUGCAGAGUUAAAUGUUUUGCUCAUGAAGAAGCAAAAUAGCUUCUGACAGGUUCUUGGUGAUACCAGGCAAAGUAUUCACAGGCAAGCCAAUAAUCAUAUACGGAAAGAAGAGUGGAACUCACCCAGCUGGUGAAGAGGCUCUCUGUUAUACAGCACUGUUUCCCAGGAAGCUGUCCAGGUCCAAGGGGUGCCCUCCCUUCUGUAGCUGGUGCCUAUAAGAGCCCAAGAGGGCUCCACCCUAGGUCAACCUCUUCUACUCACAUGGGGAACCUUUGCAAACUUUUGCAAAAUUUUUGCUGUAAACUUGCUGUGCUCUCUAGGCGAGCUACAGCCCUUCUCCAGGUGCUCAAUCACCAGUUCAAGCUUUGAACCUAACAGUUUCCCUACAGCUGAAUAAGCCACAACCUAGUCUCUGUGAUUGCUGACAGGCAGGUCUCCAUACAUCUUGCCUCUCUAGCUGUUUGAACUAAGACCUGUACUGCCUCCAUUAACUGGUAUGCAAACCUCUCUUAUCUGCUAACCUGUCUGGUUUCUGGUAAUUAAGCCUGCUGGUGCAGUGAAAGGUAGACUCUUCUGUGGUUGCUGAAUCUUAGAUCUCGUGGCAGAGAGAUCGUAUAGAGCAACCUUCCUGCCAUAGGAAGGGACGUAUUCCAUUAGAUAAGAUUGCUCUAAGCCUCAUCCAGCCUAGCCACUCCUUUUUUAGUUUAAAAUCAUUCCUGCUUGUUCCUGUCACUAUCUACCCUUGUAAAUGUGCGUUUUGUUUUUUUCUCCUCCUGAAUGUUGCCAAGGCUAAAAAAUCUCAACUCUCUGACAUACAGAAUCAAACUCUGUAACCCAAGUAAGAUAACAAAGCAGGUACGGUUUAUUAGUUCUUGCUGCACAGACACCAAGUGCAAGGGGGAUGGAUCUGCCUAACUUGCACACUGUCGGGAAAAAUCGUGCUACAGAUAUUGGCCAAACUAAUACAUAAUAGUUUUCCUGGAAUUCGGAUCCAUGUUCAUUACAGCCCGAGAGUUCAUCAGCAUGCAGUCUCUCACCUCUUAGCGUGUGCAUAGUGGGUCGUGGGAUGAAGAUUUGUCCUCUUCCUCACAAAGGCUUCUGACCUUUCUCACUGUAAACUUCUGACCUUUGGGGGGGCCUCCCCCCAGACUGAUUUCUUCUUGCCCUGGGGACAUCUAAUCACCUCCUUGCCAAAUGUUCUGGGGCUGUUCUCAGACCUUAUCGGCAUGGCCUUCAUCCCUCACUGUCCCAGACCCAGUGUCUGCCAUCCCUUAUUUUCUAACCAGCUUUGUUGUUAGAAAAUUGUUAAGUAUAGAAAUGUAAGGUUGGUUCAAAUAGAAGGGAGAAGAGUGACAAUCACACAUUUAACAAUAACAAAUAAAUAAAUAUAACAUAAAACAUAGUACUAUUGCAACCAAAAUACAAAAGGUAACAGCACACAACAUCAACUUGCCAGACACACCCUGUGUACAACGAAAUAAAGAAAAUUAGUAACCAACUCAUCUUUUCCUUAUGAGUUUAACUUUUGACGGUACACUUUCCUUGAUAGACCAAGUAGUUCCUCAGCAUCUUGGAAUAACUUCCUGUAACAAUACUUUAGUUACCCCACAUGCCUUAGUUCUACAAGGGAAUGCCUCUGGGCACUGUAAAAAGGUAUCAGUUAGUACCAACAUACAGUGACACCCCCCUUUUCUUAGGAGUUUGAGAACUCAAUUUGUCAUUGUUACUCUCCCUUCUAAAUCAUUAGUCAGAUUGCUAUCUUCUCAAGAAUAAUUUACAGGUUCUGACUCAGGUUCAGAGAUUUUAAGUUUACCAUCUGGAAUUAAAGCCUUCUUCAACUACCUGUCCUGCUACCUGACCCAUCAUCUUAUUUCCAGUUUCCUGUACAGUGCUACCUUUCUGAUGUCCUUUACGACGUAUAAUAGCCACACUCUUUGGUAGAUUUACAUCGUGCUGUUCUCCUUGUGUGUGCAGUCCUUGCUCUUUUCAGAUGGUGCUGUGAGUGUGUAGCAUCCCAAAUACACAAUUAGCAUCUGCCCAAAUAAUUAAGGCUGUUGUCCAGGCAGUUAUUUCAGCCUUCUGAGGGAAAGUCCCCUCAGGUAAGGUUGUGCCUUGAUUACCUUGUCAGCAGCAGCUGCUGCAUAUCUUGCCUUACAGUUUCGUUGUCUCACAAAACUGUUACCAUUGGUAAACCAGGUGCCUUCUGCGUCUUCUGAGGGUUUGUCUUUCAGAUCCGACCAGUUGGAAUAUGCAGUUUCAGUUUCAAAGCAGUCAUAAAAUACUGGCUCUCCAGGAGUUCCGCUAAGGAAAGAUGCUGUGCUGACAAUAUUAGUUACAAUUAUUUCUACAUCAUCCUGUUCUACCAGGAUGGCCUGGGAUUUCAGGAACCUUUGGGGUGAGAGCCAGUGCCCCCCUUUUGCCUCCAGUACAGAAGACACUGUAUGUGUUACUAAAACUGUUAUUCUUUGGCCUCGCAUAACUUUACUGGCUUCUCAAAUAUUGAGUACUGGUGCAGCCACCGCCCUCAAGCACCCCGGCCAUCCCUUACUCACUUCAUCAAGCUGUUUGGAGAAGUGUGCCACUGCCCUUUGAUAGGGUCCAAGGUUCUGGGCAAGGACUCCCAGGGCCAUUCCUUGUUUUUUCUUUUUAUGCGCGCUGGUAGCCCCAAAGCAGAGCCUUCAUGAGUUCUUGUUUCAGCUGAGGGAAUGCCCUCCUUGCCUCCCCCUUUCAUAUAAUAUUUUGGCUUUACCUGCAGUCCGUAGCUGUGUAUCCAUCCUGUCAUCCCUGGGAACGUACAGAGUUCCUUGGCAGUUCGUGGCUCAGGGGUUUGGCAGAUGGCUUCUUUCCUGACAGUCCUUAAGGUUCCAAGUCCAGCUGUAUUCUCAAAUCCCAAAUACGUCACUUGCUCCUGAGUUAUUUGUGCUUUCUGUUGAGAAACUUGAUAAUCAUUUAAACCAAGAAAUUUAGCAAACUCACAGUCCGUUGCACACAGUCCUCUUUUGUUUCCGUGACAUCCACGUACUGCAGGAACGUAAGUUCCACCUUACUUGGAGGAACCCAAGUCUCAGGUUCACAGGUUGACCAGUUCUCGAAAAUCAUUGAGCUGUUCUCACAACCCUGGGUAACACUGUUCAGAUUAACUGAGUCUUUUCUCCCCAUACUGGGAUUUUCUUAUUCAAAGGCAAAUAACCUCAGGCUUCCUUCGGCCAAACCAGGCAGAAAAGGCAUCCUUCAAAUCCAGAAGGUAAACUCAACCUACUCAUUCCUUAACUUGGUUAAUAAAGUGUAUGGAUUUGCCACCACUGGGUGUAUGCGUUCAACUAUUCUAUUACUUGCCCUCAAAUCUUGUACCAAAGUAUAGCACUUGCUUUCCAAUUUUUUUUUCCGUUGGCAGGUUUGGAAUAUUGUAUUGGGAUUCAUAUUCAAUUAGUAAUCCAAAGUCCAAAAAUUAUCUAUUAUUUCUUUUAUCCAUCUACAGUCACAUAUCGUCAAAGGGCACUGCUUUAUUUUAACUGGGCUAAUCUUGCUUUUAACUUAACUUCUAUUUAGGACUGCAUUUUUGGCUCUGCUAGGUAUCCCUGGUAUCCACACUCCUAAGUGUAUCUUAUUCAAGAUUUCUGUAACUUCUGGGGCUACAGUCUUGUUUUUGCCAGUUUGUGUUAAAGCCAGACUCAGUCAGUUAAUAUUGUUUGGUCCUUAGCUCCAGUUUUAUUUAAUUUCUUGCCAGAGUAACCUGGCGUGUACA